AUGGCGGAUGAAACUAGGAAAAGGAUCGAGGCAGCGAGAUUAAUGCGAGAAGCUGCAAAACUUCUUGAAGAAUCAAAUAAAGAUUCGGCACAGCAAACCGAAAGAACCACGUCGGAGGAAUUAAGCAAACUUUUUGCUCCAUACCGAAGAGAAGCAACAAGUAAUCGACAAACAGUUCAGGAAGCGAAACCACCAAAACCCAAGAGACAACGAUGUAGUUGGGUUCCAAUGUUUAACCCGUUGCCAACAUGGACUCAUCGAUUUUGCCUUCUAUCUGAUAAAAAUGCAAACAUUGCUCCAAACAUAACCGAAAAAGAAAAGUUAAAGGCAAUGGGGCUUGGGAAAAACGGCUAUUCAAUACCCUAUUUACGGGAUGAAUCACCGUUGAGACAGGCAGUAGCCUAUGUUCGCCCUCUGCAAAAAUCUAUUGACACAAUAAAUACAUGCGAAGUUGAGGCAAAUGAAGCAAUUAGUGGUGCCAAUGAUACAGAUGGACCAACUGUACCAUGCCUUAAAUGUAAUAUGCAAAUAAAAAUUGAUGAAGAGUCUAUGUUAACUCAUCAACGUUUUCAUAUUGAGGAGGAAGAGCAAGAAACUCAAAAUUUAUCUGAUAACAAAAUUGAUGGAGAUGAAGAAAAAAUCAUUGAUCACACUGGUGAUGACACUUUAACCCAAGAGAUAAAUAGAAUGCAAGAAAUGUUUCCAAAUGCACAGAGGCAAACUUUGUUGGAAACACUGAGGGCAAAUGACUAUUCGACAGAAGAUGCAGUAUCUGACCUCUUAGGUUUAACUGAUGAUACCUGUAAAUCAUCAACUGCGUCAUCAAUUGAUGGGCAACUUGCAGCCUAUGCAAAGAAUGUAGACAAGGACAAUAUCAAGAUAUUGCACGUAGAAAGAGAAUGCCUGUGGGAAAGAGCACUGAUUUUUUAUAAAUGUACAGAACGCAAAGAUUUAUACCGGCAUCUCAGUAUAGUAUUCGAAGGCUAUGAAGAUGCAAUAGACGGUGGUGGUUUAAGGAUCGAAUUCUUUGGUGAUCUCAUUAGAUGCAUGAGUAAUCGCUUGUUUGAAGGAGAAGAUGGUCACCUUGUUCCAAGACAUAGCUGGGACAAUGUUAAUCUCUUGCGUAUGGGGGGCCUUAUGCUGGCACACUCUAUACUUCAACAAGGCCCCGGUAUGCCAUCAUUAGCAAAUUACAUCUACGAUUUUCUUGUGUAUGGUAACAAAGAAAAGUCGGUUUCAGCUAUCAAGCUGGAUGACCUUCCGAACACUCCACAGAAUUCCGAUUUGACAGAAUUCUUAAAAAAGAUUGAAGAUUGUACAGAUGACGAGGAGCUUUCAAAUUUACUUGACGAACCUAGAUUUUCUUCCAUUGUUGAUAGAUCUGGAUGGCCUGUGGGGAGGGUUUUAAGUAUAAAGUCUCGAGUAGAUUUUAUUAGUCAAAUCCUGAUCGAGGAGCUGUAUGACAAGCGACUACCUUCCCUGAUAAGCUUCAAAGAAGGCCUUGAUCAUUUUGGUCUAAUAAAAUUUAUCCAAAUGAGUCCCGAUACCUGGAAGCCAUUCUUUGUUGCAAACGAUGGCUCCCAAGAAAUAUCUCUUACUGCCAAGAAAUUUUUGUCUCUUGUUCAGUCAGACCCAAAGAGUGAUGAGGAAAAGAUUACAUAUUCUUAUUUUGGAGACUUUCUCGAAAAGCAUGAGAAUACAUCAGAAUGCAUUCCUGCACUUGGCGGAAAUUUUCCUGUUCUUUGUAUUCUACUAAAGUACUGCACAUCGAAUCUUCGAGUACCUCCACUUGGUCUCACAACCAGCAUCAAAUUGCUGUAUGGUAACAAAAACCUCACGAUGCCUGAUUCCGAUACCUGUUUCAAUAUUUUGAAACUACCUGUGAUCUAUAAUGAUUACGGUGCGUUUGAGAAAGUUAUGUUAGCCAGCCUACGUCAUGCGUCGUGUUCGUUUUCUGCUUCUCGGUGACUUCAGAUACUGCUACUGUACAGUAGGCAACAGCUAACUGUUUUACAAUUCAUGUUGACUAGAUAAUAUUAAUUUGUCUCAAUGUACGUAACUUUGGUUGUUUGUAACAACUGAAUAUGCAGGGUUGUCAUUGACAUUGCUAAAUAUUUUAGCUUAUUAGGUUAAUGUUUAUAUUUUGUUAGAGUGCUUUCAGUUUACAUGCAUGUAGAACUGUCAAACCGGUCAGAUAUAUUGAAUGAAAAACAAACACAAGGGAACGAAAAUUUUGGAUUAAUUCAAAACGAAGUCUAUUCUAGCCAGAUUUUAUGAGACCUAUUCCAAAAAGAGCAAGAGGCCUGUUACGAGUUACGCGAGAACGAGGCUAUUCAGGUUUUCUGCAGUCAAAAUUUUAAAAUCAUUUUUAUAUUUCUAAAUUUUGACUGUAAAAACUUUGUUUUUGUGUCGCUUGCAACAGGUCCAGCGAAAA